GGUCCGUUUUUGGAACCCUACAAAUGAGAGAGGCCUUCACCAACCGUCUUCCACAAUUUCUCAAUCAAUUCGGAGAGAUUAAACCCUAAUUUCUUGAUCUGCGUUGUUGUACUUCCGCAAUGGCGCUGUUGAGGAAAUCCUUGGCCCAUCGCCUCAAUACUAUGUCGAGGAUCAAUAGCCGUACAUUAACAAACUGCCGUACAUCGUCGCCGCGGACGGUGGUCGGAUCCGCCGCAUUGAAUCACGUACGCGCGCCGGAUCCCGGAGAUGAGGGGAUAUUAAGGCGAUUUCUACACCGCGGUCAGUCGCCGGCCGCCGUGAAUCCCGCGGCGCUAGGGUUCGUCCCUACCGGGGAGAAGUUACUGGAGAAGCUUCGAGAAAUGGAUGGUGAGAGGAAUCGACGGUUGAAUCCGCCUGCGGCGGCGGAGGCAUCGAUGGCUGGGAAAGUAACGGUGGCGGAUGCGAAGAAGAUUCUACGCCUGUCGCAGUUGGAAAAGGUGAAAUCGAAUCUGAGGCAGAUGAAGAAAGACUCAAUUACGUAUCUAGAAUUCAUGGAGAUUUGCGUUAACGAAUGCUCCAGCGUCGAUCAAGGCCUGGAAUUCGCAACAACACUUGAUGAAUCGGGGACAGUGAUUGUUCUCGGGAACGUCGUGUUCCUCCGGCCGGAGCAGGUAGUGAAAGUCAUCGAGGGAUUAAUCCCGGUGUCCUCGCCAUCUGUGGAUGAUCCCAGAAUAAAGGAGUUUCAAGAAUUGGACAAACAGAAGGCUACAAUCGAUCGCACUGCAGAGGCGUCAGUUAAACGGGAGCUCAGAUUUGGAUUAGCCUAUCUUGUCGUCCAGACAGCAGCCUUCAUGCGACUAACAUUCUGGGAACUCACAUGGGACGUCAUGGAACCCGUUUGUUUCUUCGUCACGUCGGUUUAUCUCAUGGGAGCCUUCGGGUUCUUCCUUAGAACAGCGAAAGAACCUUCUUUCGAGGGGUACUUUCAGACCCGAUUCAGCGCCAAGCAAGGACGGCUGUUUAAGGUUAAAAGAUUUGAUCUUGAGAGGUACAAUGAGCUGAAGAAAGCUUGCUGUUCGCAGUCGCAACGAUCCGAACACUGAAUUGCGUCGGUUAAUUCUAACCUUGAAACACUAAUUCUGGUAAGAACAUUACAUUACAUUGAAUCCUGACAAAAUAGUUUUGAUAGUUAGAUACAAUUUUGCACUUAAUGUAGAUUUUGUUGCGGCAUCUGUACCAUAUUUUGUUGAGGCUUUAUUUCAUGCAAUGUAAUACAAGAAAACAAUUUUCUUGCAUUGAAAUUUUUGGAUGUUUGUUUGCAUUUCUUGUCACGUUUCAAAUUGGAGAAUUAUAUUUUAUUGAAGAAAACGAAUAUAUAUAUAUAUACUUCUUCAGUCCAGGCGUUUGAAGUUGAUUAAUAAAUAAUAGUAUUUUAAUAGUUUUAAAAGUAAAAAAAUUUAAUAGUUUUGUAAGUAAUUGAUAAAAGUUAUGGAGGUAUUUUGAUAUUAAUAUAAAUAUAGAGUAGCUUCUCAAUUAUUGAAUUACAUACACUUUAAAUAUAUAUAUAUAUAUAUAUAUCGAAAGUUAUUUAAAUAAUUAACCCUAAAAGCGAAUUUGCUUCACAAUACAUACAAAUCUAAAACCUAAUAAAUUCUCUAAAAAAAAAAAAA